CAAGCUACAAAAUGCAGCCCCUGGAGUGAGCGGGGAGCAUUCUCGCUGGCAGCCGGGGCCACUGGCAGUUGCAGCCGCGGCCGAGCAGCCAGCCGCUAGGAAAGAGCUCACCAUUGCCGCCCCGGGAGCCGCCGAGGCCAGCUUCGCGGCGCUGCCCCGCGGCGGGAGAGGAGGCUGCAGGAGAGCGGAGGCGGCCAGCGGGAGCGGCGGGGCUCAGCGCGCACACUCAGCAGCCCAGGAGCCCCGCGACCUCCGCGCCCGCACGCGCCAGCCGCGGCUCGCGCGUUUCUUGGCCUCCGGGCGUCCGACCUCUCCUCCCUCUCCUCCCUCCCGCCGGCUAGCCGGGGCCGGAGGAGCAGCAUGAAUCUGCGGCUCUGCGUGCAGGCGCUCCUGCUGCUCUGGCUCUCCUUGACCGCGGUGUGUGGAGGGCCCCUGAUGCCGCUUCCCGAUGGGAAUGGUCUGGAAGAGGGCAAUGUCCGCCACCUGGUGCAGCCCAGAGGGUCGAGGAACGGGCCAGGGCCCUGGCAAGGAGGUCGGAGGAAAUUCCGCCGCCAGCGGCCCCGCCUCUCCCAUAAGGGCCCCAUGCCUUUCUGAAGCAGGACUGAAGGGGCCCCCAAGUGCCCACGCUCUGCGUUUCUGUCUCCUCCAUAGAUUGGUCUGCUUCUCUGGAGGCCUCACGUCCAUUCAGCUCUCACCUCGCACCUGUUGUAGCCACCAAUGGGCCGGGCUCUUCUCACCUGCUUGCUUCCCCCAGUGGCGUGCUCCUGGCUGUAGUCUGGAUGAUUCCCUUUCUCUCUCAAGGAUCCGUCCAAUCCAACUUCCUGACCCCUCCCUGGACUGACUUUGGAGAUCCAACCCCAGAAGGUCCCCUUCUUCUCCAGGUCCCCUCUGCUCUAGUCCCUGCCUGUCUCAUCUUGUUCCUUCCUCGUGUCCGCCCUGGGCAUGGGGAGAAAACAUUCCCCUCUGUGGGCUCCAGCAGAUCCCUUGUUUUCCUGGUCAGUUGGACGCCUCACCAGGCCUCCAGGAAGGAGUGCAGAGAAGAGCAAUGAGACUAGGUAGAGGUGCUGGCUGCAGGGAUCCAGGCAGGGCACAUUGCGUGCACGGAAGUGUGGGGGCGGGAGCUCUGCUGAAGCGGGUGGAGCAUCGGUGUUUGCUCAGUUAAGGAAGAGGUAAAGGAGAGGGGUCUGUGAAGUCCUUUGCCACUUCUCUUGCCUUACUGUAUCUCCCAAUACUCCCUUCUCCCUGCUCCUCCACCCCAUCCCCAGCUAGGCCAAGCUCCAGGUCAGGAGGGGAGGGUGCUGGGCCUGACAUGGCUCUAUACCCUCCCAGGGGUAAAAGCCAAGCAAGAGGUUGUUUUUGCCAAGAAUCACAGAAGAUAUGCUCUGAAAGGACCCUUGGAGAUGACUUAGCCUUCUUAGGCAAACGCCUGCAAAAACAGAAGCCUGGAGAGGUGGGUGACCUGCUCAGAGUCACUGCAGAGCUGGGUUGGGGACCAGGUCUCCCAUCUCCUGCUCUAUGAUGUCCUCUUCCCUCUUGAUGAUGUCUUUUCAAAGCAAAUGAAGUGCCUUUUCCCGAGGCUGGGGCUGUGGGUGGCUGGGAGGGGAAGGGAAGGGAGAGGCCAGCUGGCUGUGAACUGCCCUGUCGUGGGGCUGGAGCUGCUCCCACCUCCCUGACCUUCCCCUGCCUCUCAGUUCCCCCAGCUGGGCUGGAAGGUUCCAUAACUGGCCAGCUGCCCCCAUUCUGGCAGCUUUCCCAGACCCAGGGUACUCUAAAAGGGGCGGCUCAGACACUGAGACUACUGGUCGACCCCCGACGGUGGUUCUCAGGAGCCUGAGGUGGUUUUCAAUCAUUGGACUCCAUGGCCUUCCCUUCGUGUUGACCAGACCUUCCUUCCAGGGCUUUUCCUCUGGGGGAGGUGGAGAGGGGAGAAGAAGGAAGGAGAGGCAGGAGGAAGAAAAGAAGGCAAAGGAAGGAAAGAAAGAUGGGAGGAAGAGCAGCUGGAAUAGCACUCUCUCCCUGGGAGGCCCCAGCUUCCGUGAGGGGCCUUCACCAGCCAUUCUCUAGAAGAAGCUUUCUCGCCUUUUGCCUGAGGAGGCUUCCCGGAAGGGAGAAAGGGAAGACAAGAGCCUGAUGCCCAACUUUGUGUGUGGGGGGAUGGGGGGGUCAGGGCCCCCCAAGUCCCACAAUAACCCCAAUGUUUGCCUAUUCGCCUCCCCCAAGCCCCUUUACCUCUGCUGCUGCUAACGCUGCUGCUGCUGCUGCUUAAAGGCUCACCCUGGGGAGCCAGGCUGGGCACCAGCCUUCCCUACUCCCCUCACAGUUGGCGUGGGGACUGGUCGGUGUCCAGAAAGUCUCUUCUGCCACUGACGCCCCCAUCAGGGACUGGGCAUUCUUUCUUUCCUCCUUUCUGCAUCUCCUGCCUCAUCAGCCUGCCAUGACCUGCACCCAAGCCAAGCCCCUUGGGGAAAGGGACAAAGGUGGGGACAGACGAUGGGAGCGGGUGGGCUGGAGGGAGUUGUCUUAUUUAAAGUGGUUGUUUAUGAUUCUUAUACUAAUUUAUACAAAGAUAUUAAGGCCCUGUCCAUUAAGAAAUUGUUCCCUUCCCCUGGUUCAAUGUGUUUGUAAAGAUUGUUCUAUGUAAAUAUGUCUUUAUAAUAAACAGUUCAAAGCUGACAGUUCGACCUUACUCUUAGAGGUCAUGUUCAGGAGGGGCGUUCCUUUCCCCUGGGGGCCACGGCCGUCCCUGUGCUCACAUAUUGCAUGUGCAGGGAGGUAAGUGCCUGCAUCCCAAAUCGGUUCUAGGUCAACUGGCCUCAAACUGAUUUGCCACGAGCUCACACAAUGAGUCCCUAAGCUUAAUGACCAGUUCACAUAAAAUCCAGCCCACUUUUAGGUUUUGCUGGCAUCUGUUUGGGUGUCCCAAUUUUUUUGGCAGUGUCAAUGGAAGAAUUUUUCAAAAGCAAUUUAUUCAAGAACAUGCUGAUUAAAUGCAGGAUUGCUACUAAAAACUGUUUUGUAUCCUUGGUGGGUGCCUUUUCUGUUUUAUCUACUUUGGGACACUUUCAGGAUUUUUUGGCCAGUUGGCCUUUCCUGAAAAUGUUAUGUUUUCAGCGAUAAGUACAUUUGAUAAUGACUUGAUUUGUAUCAUUUUAUGUUUCACAAAGUAGACUUGCCUGAUGAAUGAGAUAGCCUGAAAAAUAAAAUGCAAAGAGUUCAAUAUAA